AACUCGAAAGAAGACCUUCUGAACCCUGUUCUUCCGCGUGACAGUUCCGGUACAGAGUUGUGUACUGGAGGAGGAGGACCAGCUGUGCCCAGUGUGACGGAAAGGUGAAAUAUUAAAACGCUAAUAAUGACAUACACACUUUUGCUGGAAAAUUAAAAGUUCCGUAAAUAUUUAGUUACAGAGAGCUGGAGUGACUGGAUGUUGUGAUAUUUACAAGCUGUUUGAGUGUUGUGACGAGUUGAGGUGAAAUUAAGUUUGGUUUUUAAUGGGUGCCGGAACUUAAACUAUUUGUACGCUGCUUAGUGAGAUAUUUAUAGCGCAUUGUGAUAUUAGCGAGGAAUAACUGACAUAUCAGGGCAGAAAACGCGGUUACUGCUAAACGUUUUGACUCGGGAUAGUUUAGUGUUUUGCAGGAAACAAACGAACACAGGCAUUAACUGCUGUUAGAAAAUUAUAUCCAUGUCGAUACGUCUAAUUCUUUGUGCAGUGUUUCUCUCGUCUUGUGGUGAAAUUUUAAGUCGUCUUGCUAAAUUUGUGCGUGUGAGCGUGUCUCAGGCCAUGAUGGGUUAACCACUUGUCCCAGCCUGCUCUCACUUGACGAGGUACUCCAGCACCCUCGUCCUUGAUGACGUGGUACUCCAGCCCGCUCGUCUGUUACGGUAAUUGCCCAUUUGCUCAUCGUGGGACAGAAAUUCACCAAUUUUCAAGUGGAGGCCGCACCUAAGACGGUGUCAGAACACAAGAUAAACUUCGGGUGGCCAAACUUCUUCAACCCUGAGAUGGGCAUGAUGCGGGAGAAGGGAGCCAAGAAGGGCGACAGUAGCAGAGAAGAGGAGCAGGGCAACGAGCUGGACACCAGUCAGGAGAAGGAUGACUACGAAGCGCUCGUAGACUACACUCUCAAGGGAGGCCUGCGGGGGACCCUCUUGUUGCUCAAUUCCACCACCAUGGGGGAUGUGGGCAACUUGACCGACAGCGAGGUGGUUGACCUGACGGAGGCAGCAGCCAAGGUGAUGCAGGAAGAGGAUAAGCAAGACGCGGGCGGCAGCGAGGUGACAGCUGAGGGCGUGAGGCUGCGGAUGCCCCUCGUCAGGAAGAAGCACACGCCGGAGCUGGGCAAGUACGGCGCCAAGGUCACCUUCUACGCCAGCGAGGAGCCCACCAAGUUCAUCUACUACGGCAACUGGUGCGGCAAGGGAGGACGGAGCGCUCCCGUUGACAAUCUUGACCGGUGUUGCCUGGACCACGACAAGUGCUACGGCCGCCUCGUCCGCCAGUGUCCAGACGUCUGGGAUAAACCCUACGGGCGGAUGUACGCCUGGACGCUGCUGGAGCAGGAGACCGUGUGUGUUCGGUCAGAGUCCUUCUGCGUGAACCACGUGUGUGACUGUGACCGACAGGCUGCCAAGUGCUUCAACCACUACCUCUCCACGCCCUCAGAGAUCGCCACCCAUCUCGGCACUAAGACAUCCUAAGAUCACUGUCUACCUAGUCGCCAAGAAAUCCUAAAUUUGGAUAUUUUGUCUGGACGCCAAGGGCCUCCUUGAGAUGUGUUAACCGCUGGCUCCAAGACUCCUAAAGAUGACUGGUCAAUAAAGCAUUAAAUGAGAGCAUGAAUUCAUUAAAAACACAUUUUUAUUGGUCAUUAAUCGCUUGGGCAUUGAUGCACCCAUAUUUUUUGGACGUUUUGAAAAUGCCUUAUAAAAUCCAACUUGCAUGUUUC